AUGUUAACAGUAUGCGGGUUAAAAGGAGAGCGGUAUACGAUUGUCGGUGCAUGAAUAUUGUAUGAACGCGAGGCUAGUAUCAAUAAUACGUGCACGAAUGAAAUAAUAGAUUAUUCGUUUGUUCGAAUCGAACGUAAACAAAAUGUAAGCAUCCAUUACUGAUGCACGCAUGCGAGGCGCGAGAUAGCGAUAUAUAAAGAUUAGAAGGUUAGAAAGAGGCAUGUAUAUGUUGGGUGGGACCGUCUGCGCGGACGAUAUGGACACUAGAUGUUUUUGUAGCAGUCGGGCGUCGGGUUCCACAUUAAGCGAUCAUUUUAAGGGCGAACCAAUCAAACAGCAAAUUCAUACAAAUUGAUACUAAACGGGUUAUAUUAAUUUUAUAACAAAAAUUAAGUGUGUAAAUAAGUUGAACGGAGUUGUAAUUAAAACUAAUUGGGUGUAAUACAGCGCUAAUUAUUUUGUAUUACGGCGGGUUUUCGCGGGAAUUUUGUCGUUUUAGUCGUUUUUUUUUUAAUUCCGAAAUUUAAAAAAAAAGUGUCGUGAGUUAAACUUGGUUUCCGGAUUUGGGGAGAGUGGUGACUGUUGGUGUGUGGUGGCAUAGUGGUGGGGCUGGUGGGGGAUGGUCGGCGGCGGGGGACGCACGAUGGCGACAUAGGGGGCGGCCAGCAGGGGUGGCCGUUUGAGGCCAUGCUCAACAACCUCACGGCCACAGCUCUCGGAGGUCACAAAGAGCCGUGCCAGGAAGAGAAGCACGAUCUAAAGCCGGGCCUCGAGCGGCACCAUGCGCUCGGCGCCCGACUGCACCUCGCGAACAUACGCCCCGAUCUGCAAGGUGGCAUCCACCAGCAGCACAUGGCCACGGUGCCCGUCAGCAUGCCUUCAUCGGCCUCCGACAGCGACAAGCCCGCAAAGCAGAAGAGGCACCGGACCAGGUUCACGCCGGCGCAACUGAAUGAGCUGGAGCGGUGUUUCUCCAAGACGCACUACCCCGACAUCUUCAUGCGCGAGGAGAUCGCCAUGCGCAUCGGUCUCACGGAGAGCCGAGUACAGGUGUGGUUCCAGAACCGACGGGCGAAGUGGAAGAAACGCAAGAAGAGCACCAACGUGUUUAGGUCUCCGGGAUCUUUAUUACCAUCUCAUGGUCUCCCGCCAUUCGGAGGAGAUGUGUGUAGUCCUGGCGUCUUCGGAGAUAGACCCUGGAGCAUGCCCGCAGGGCUAGGCCAGCUGUCGCAGGGCGGCGUUUCCAUGGGUGGCUUCGGUGCUGGCGUGGGUGGUCUGCCCCAGCUCUCCGCCGACCUCAACCCGGCGCUACCCAUCUCCUCCGUGGCCUCCAGCCAGCCCUACCAGUCGCAUUACCCGCUCAACUCGCUGGGUGACACCAUGAUGUCGUACUGCAACAACAUCGGGCAGCAAGGCGGCGCGCUGGAAGGCUCCCCCACACCCCCCCACAUGCACUGCGGGAACAACGCCUCGCCCACCGCUUCAGGAGCGGGUGGUGAAGGCGAAGAGGACGUGUGGCGCGGCCACAGCAUCGCGGCGCUGCGCCGGCGCGCGUCCGAGCUCUCCGCCGCCAUCCCGCCGUAUCUGCAACUCAACUACGACGCCCACAGCCCCGUCUACUGA